GGGGCCCGGGCGGCCGCUGAGCCGAGCCCGCUGUGCCCGCAGGUGCAGCAGAACGUGGAGCGGCUCUUCACGCGCUUCGUGGAGGAGGGAAAGGCCACGGUGCGGCUGCGGGAGCCCGCGGUGGAUCUGUGCCUCAGCAAGGCAAAUGUGAUCAGUUUAAAGACUUUCCUUUCAGCCGUGAGACUGGCUCACCAAGGCAACGACACCGGCGUCCUCCCUCUGUCACCUCUGGUCCCAGCCAAGAACUCCGACGUGGAGAAACCCAAAACCAAAAUGAUCAUCACUUCCAGGAGGGAUUACCCCCUCACCAAGAGCUUCCCUUUCUCCCUGGAGCACCUGCAGACCUCGUACUGCAAGCUGGCCAGGGUGGACAGCCGGGUGCUGUGCCUGAGGAAGCUGCGCAAGCUGGACCUGAGCCACAACCACAUCAAGCAGCUGCCGGCCACGCUGGGGGACCUGGUGUGCCUGCAGGAGCUGGACCUGCACGACAACCACCUGGAGGCCUUCAGUGCAGCCCUGUGCAGCUCGGGCCUGCAGAAAUCCCUGCAGCUGCUGGACCUGAGCCAGAACCAGAUCCGGGCGCUGCCGCUGGAGUUCUGCCAGCUGCGGGCGCUGGUGCGGCUGCGGCUGGACGACAACGCGCUGCUGCGCCUGCCCUGCCGCAUCGGGCAGCUGGGCCGCCUGCGCUGCCUGUCAGCCGCGCGCAACAAGCUGCCCUUCCUGCCCUCCGACUUCAGGAGGCUCUCCCUGGAGAACCUGGAUCUCUUUGGGAAUCCUUUCGAGCAGCCCAACCCGCUGGUGCCCAACAUCCAGCUGAAAAUCCCCCUGACGCUGCUGGAGUGCGCUGCCAGGGCUGCUGUCAACCACAGAAUCCCUUAUGGCUGUCACCUCCUCCCUUCCCACCUCUGCAAGGACCUGGAAGUGGCCAAGACGUGUCUGUGUGGGAGCGCCUGCCUGAGCAGCUUCAUCCAGAUCACGGUGACCAUGAACCUGCACCACGUGGCGCACACCGUGGUGCUGGUGGACAACAUGGGGGGCACCGAGGCUCCUGUGCUCUGCUACUUCUGCUCCCUGGACUGCUACUGCCAGUUCCUGGACAGGCACCUGCAGAGCAGUGGCUGACAGGAGCCAGAGGCAGCUCUGCCUGCUGGGAUGGGGAGCUGGGAGUGUUUCCCACCCUGUGACACAAAUCCCUCUGGCAGUCGGGGGACGCAGCCUGGCCUGGCCUGGCUCCUCUGCCCCUCUGGCAUCUCCUCAGCAAUGUUUAGCUGGAGAGAACCUUCCUUGGAAUGUAUUUCCUUUUUGCUGUUCCCGGGGCUUUGCUGGGAGUUUUCUGUGUUUUGUGGGGUCGGUGGUUCCUUCUCGGAAGGACAAAGUGAGUUUAUCCCAAAGUUACCCAGUGAGGCUCUGAGCUCUGCCCACGGGCAAGGACUGCACUCCAGUCUUCCCAAGGGAGGAGAAACCACAUCCAGACCAAUUCCAGAAUUCCAGGUGCUUCUUUUUAUAAAGGUUCUGUUACAACAUUCCCACUUGGAGCAGGGACCAGCACUGCUGGGUUUUUACCAGAGCAAAUGUUUUUUUGGGGUUUCUCUCUUUGUGAUACCAGAAAUGUCUUUUUUUCUAAAUAUGUGCCUGAAACUUUGUUUCUUAAUCCUGUUUUAACAAUUCUUGAAUUUGUUUCACUGUGUUGACUUAUUAAAUUUGAAACCUUUC